AUGUCAUCUCACUCGCGUUCAAGCUCCGUCCAGACGCACUCCAGUUCAGGCGCCGGCUCGGAUCGAAUGUUCUUCAGAGUAGACUCAAGCCAAGCUUCUACCAGAUCAGGCUCAAGUCGUUCGUCGGUGAGCUCAAAUCCGAGUCGAGUAUUCUCUAACCCAGGCUCGAGCCGUUCGUCAGUGAGCUCAUACUCAAGCCGCACAUCUGGCAGCUCGGUCUCAAGUCAAGAGUCUUAUGGCUCAAACUCAAGCGGAAGGUCAUCCAAUUCAGGCUCGAUCCAAUCAACGGAUGACGGAUUAGAACCUCUCAUGAAUGGCUGGUCUGGACCGCGGUUUAAGCAACGUUCACGCGUAAAAGCAUAUGCUGAUAUGAUGAGUGAUCAAAUGGAAAGGACGGCUAAGGCAGAGAGAAAAAUUCAGUCGGAGAUGAGGAAGAAGGCAGGUUAUUACAUUGAGGAUCCUAAGGCAUAA